AUGUUUCUUAUCGUUCCGUCACUGGAAAAGCAUACUUUUGGUUCUGUUCUUCCGAAAAUGCAAAUUUACUUUCCUUUACUCUUUUUCAUAUUUACCUGUUCUUCCAUAGUUCAUUCGCUGGUGAUAUCCACAUCACUAGGAAAAUUAGAUGGGAAACAAGUAGAAGACUUCCACCUAUUCAAAAAGAUACCGUUUGCAAAACCUCCUGUUGGAAAGUUACGGUUUCAGAAACCAGAACCAGCUGAGUCAUGGAACGGUAUUCUAAAUGCACAAGAAUACGGACCAGCCUGUAUGUCCAACUCCUCGGUGACCAAGUCAAUUCAAAAAGUUUUGGAUGAGGACUGCCUUUACAUUAACAUUUUCACCUCUGAUAAUUGUUUGAAAACGAGAAAUUGUCCGGUAGUUGAAUAUCUUCACGGAGGAGCAUUGCACUAUGAUUCCGCUGUAAUGUUCAAUGAUACUGUGAUUUUGAAUCAUUUCGUUGAAAAAGACAUCGUUUUUGUGAUUCCUGCAUUCCGGCUAGGCAUAUUUUCACACUUUGUGAUUGAAGACCAAAGUAUUGCACCAAAUAAUUUAGCACUUUUUGAUAUUCUACUGGCAAUGGAGUUCAUAAAAUCGGAAAUUUAUAACUUCGGAGGCGACCCGAAUAGAAUAACUCUUCUAGGACAUUCAUACGGAGGAACUGUUGCUCAAAUACUGAGCUUCAGUACAGAAGUUAACACGGAUUUGAGAAUCCAAAGGAGUUUAGAAGAUGAUGGUUAUCCAACUUAUGGAAAUUCUGUUAUACGAGGACCGAUAUUUCAAGAAGUUCCAGAGCAAAACUUUAUGGAUACUCCAAAGAAUGUUUCAGCUUUAACUGGAUGUACGAAAUAUGAGGCUCUCUCUUUUGAUAGCUAUGAUGAUAUUGGAGUUUCUUUAGGAUUCCAAAAUCCAAGAGAAGUUAAUGUCAAAUAUCACCAGGACCAGAAAAAUGACCAAUUAGGAUUUUCAAAUAAAAUACGCGACGAGACUCAAGAGAUGUUAGUUCAAAACAAAGUGAAAGUAGACAAAUUAUUACAAAACGGAGUUCCGUUACAGACUUACCUCUAUGAGCUUACGUAUCCGAAGCAUGCAGAUCACACCGAUGAUUUAUUCUACAUAAUGGGAGUUCAUCCAUUUGAACAGGAUGAAAACGAGAAAAAUAUUGGAGAAGUCUAUCGGACGAUGUUCACAAAUUUCAUAAAAACUGGAGAACCUGGAAUUGGAUUUGAGAGAUCGGAUCUGAGAACUUCUUCGUUCUUUGAUAUCUAUUGGAACGAAACAUCUGGAGACAGACCUAAAAUGAGAACAGAUUUUGAGGAAUCUAUCAUGGAGUAUUGGACUAAAGAAAUGGUUCAUUUUGAUCAAACCAUUUCAAAAAUGAAGAUGGGAUCUGUUUUGCCUGUUGUUCGAUCUUUCAGAGAACCAAUUAGUACUUCUGCUGUCCCUUUUUCAUAUGUGAUCUUUUUGUUAUUGCCGUUCUUAGCAGGAUUUCUUGUGGCAAAAUACUGUUGUUUUAGAAGUCAGAAAAAUUUGUACAUUCAGUUGGAUGGAAACGAUUAUCCAAUUAAAAAUAUUUAA